GGGCCGGGCGGCGGGGCGGGCAGGCGAGCGGCGGGCGAGGCCGCGUCUGCAUGUGCGGAGCAGCCCGGGCAUAGCCCGGGGCUGCCAGCGCCGGCCGCGCCAUUGUUGGGGGAGGGGGCGGCCACUGAGCGAAGCGGAGUCGGGGGCGAGUGAAGGCGCGGGCGGCGGCGGAGAGGAGCGGAGGCGCCCCAUGGGGAACACGCUGACCUGUUGCGUGUCCCCCAAUGCCAGCCCCAAGCUAGGCCGUCGCACGGGGCCGGCGGAGCCGGACUACGAGUCUGAGCUCUAUGAGGCGGCGGCUGGGGACGCAGUGGCGGUGGCCGUAGCGCCGGCGCCCGCUGCCGUGGAGCCCGCCGAGUUAGAUUUUGGAGCCGGCGAGGGCCACCACCUGCAGCACAUCAGUGACCGCGAGAUGCCGGAAGAUUUAGCUUUGGAAUCAAACCCUUCUGACCAUCCAAGGGCAAGCACAAUUUUCCUGAGCAAAUCUCAGACAGAUGUGCGUGAAAAGAGGAAGAGCAACCAUUUAAACCAUGUAUCUCCAGGGCAGCUUACUAAAAAGUAUAGCUCAUGCUCAACAAUAUUUCUAGAUGACAGCACAGUCAGCCAGCCUAAUCUUAGAACCACAAUAAAAUGUGUGACCUUAGCAAUAUAUUACCACAUAAAGAACAGAGAUGCAAAUAGAUCCCUGGAUAUAUUUGAUGAGAGAUCACAUCCACUCACACGAGAAAAGGUUCCAGAGGAGUACUUUAAGCAUGACCCUGAACACAAAUUUAUUUACAGAUUUGUUCGUACUCUUUUUAGUGCUGCACAGCUAACAGCUGAAUGUGCAAUAGUAACGUUGGUCUACUUAGAAAGGCUUUUAACUUAUGCUGAGAUCGACAUUUGUCCCACCAACUGGAAAAGAAUCGUUUUGGGAGCCAUUCUUCUUGCCUCCAAGGUUUGGGACGAUCAGGCUGUAUGGAAUGUGGACUACUGCCAAAUCCUCAAGGACAUUACAGUUGAGGACAUGAAUGAGAUGGAAAGGCAUUUCUUGGAGCUACUCCAGUUUAAUAUUAAUGUUCCUGCCAGUGUUUAUGCCAAAUACUACUUUGACCUUCGCUCCUUAGCYGAUGACAACAACCUGAAUUUUCUGUUUGCUCCUCUCAGCAAAGAAAGAGCACAAAACCUAGAGGCCAUUUCAAGAUUGUGUGAAGACAAAUACAAAGACUUAUGUAGAGCUGCUAUGAGAAGGUCUUUCAGCGCUGAUAAUUUCAUUGGUAUUCAGCGCUCUAAUGCUAUCCUCUCUUAAAAGGGAGAAUUGAGGGGUAAUAACAUCAUAAGCCUCUCAUCUACAAAGACUGGAUGAAAUAUCACCGC